AUGCAAACAUCAUGUGCAGCUUGGCAGGACCCGGACACUGGGGAUGACUUGGAUCAGGCGAACAAGGAUUUGUGUGAAUUAACACUUAUAGCAUUACAUUUUAAGCAUAACAUCCAGACCAAGAGGUCAGGUGUGGAUCCAGGCACUACGGGCGCUGUGGUGCGUAACAUGGAAGACAUGGAAGCUUAUGUCCGGUGUAUCUUAGUAAAUAUAUUUAUGAAGAAAAUAAUAGGCAAAAAAUGUUUACAGACACCUGGUGGGAAAUGGGCAUGUGGUGUAGCGCAUGGGAUUUUCACAAAUUUGGGAGCGAAGGAUGUGGGUAAUAUAGAGUGUGAGCGGAAGGAUGCAGGGGAGGGAGGUCAGAAGGGAAUUAGUGCGAAAGAUAGGGAUUUCUGGCAAAUAACGGACAGAUGGUUUACUAGGAAUAUGCAGAAAAUAAAUGAUGGGGACACAGGAAUAUUGGGGGAAGGUUGCAUGGUACAAAAACAACCCAGAAAGGGCGGAAAGGAUGAACACGUGGGUGAGUUGAAGAAGAAAGUGCAGGAUGAAAUAAAGCAUGUGGAGCAGGAGAUAAAAGAGAACGUGCAAAAAAUAUUAAAGCGAAUAGAACAUUGUACUACUGGGGAUUCGGCCUGUGUGAAGAAUGUAUUAGACAAAGAACAGGAAGAAGCAACGAACAAGAAUGAAACCCCUCCGGAAACUGCGGCCGUGAACGGGAAGUCACCGGAUGUACCAACAACACCAUCAUCAGAAGGGAGAGCGACGACAACAUCCUCAUCCAGAACACCGGCAGACCCCGGAUCUGCACCCGCGGGACCGGCGCCGCCAUCAGGAGGAAGAUCAGAGGACGUUGUGGAAACACCACCGCCAUCACGGCCGCUGCCACCGGCACCACCACCAGCAGAAGGAACAGGCGCAGGGAACGACGUACUAGAUACGACGACGGAGAAGACUGCAAUCUCCAAGGAUACGCAGACAACAAAAGGUCAACCGGACGACCCCACAGGUGAGACCAAGUGCCCGGAGGAAAAUUCCCGUAAUACAGCCUCCAGCCCCAUAUCCUAUGAGACGUCCAACGUGCGUAUUACGCCGGUUUCGUACACGUAUGAGGGGGCACUUACGUGUGCUAACAUUAGGGAACUGGAGGAACUAGACAAAAAACAACGCGAUUUACACUCGGGUCCCAAGAACGCCAUAGAUACUACAGGUCGUGGUACUUCGGAGGACACGAAACACAAGGAUUCACAAGAACCAGUUUCAGACACGGGACCAGGAGUUGGGACACCAGCAUCCUCGGCACCAACACCAAAGGCUCCCUCAGGUGCAUCCGGUGCGACGGGUACAACAGGUGCUGAAGGUUCACCAGCGCAGGACGGUGAAACCGGUCCUUCCGGUCCAGCAGGUAAAGAUGGUGCAGCAAACCCCGCCGAACCGAACACCGUUGACGGCGGUAACGAUGACCCCCCUCCUCUCAAUCCACCCAAACCGAACCCGAACCCAGAUCAAUCCGGUAGUAGUGGCAGUUUCAGUGAUGCUGAUUUGGCGGAUGGAGUUUCUGGUGGGGAAGGAACGGCCGGUGGGGGCGGUCCCACGCAUGGUGGACCAGGUGGUGCAGUUGGUGGUGGUACGCGUGGUAGUAGUGAUGCUGGAUGGGACGCUCCUACCCCUGCAACCCCUUACGUUCCGCCCGGCCUAACAUGGGAAAAUGUAAAGCCAUACACCCCCGCGAUCAUUCCAGCGGUGGUUGGUAUUGGGGUCAUUGCGUUUUUCCUAUGGAAGUACUUUGCGCACCUCGGAAAACAACGACGACGAACAUAUCGCACCGUUCGUAACGUGCCGUCACCGCCACUCGACGAAGAAAUAUUGGAGCAUCUACAACGCGGCGCGCCACCACCCGAUUACGGGUACACCAUGCUUACGGAUAGGCAACCUGCGUCAACAUCCGACCGACGACGACGUCAUCCACGCGUGCAUAGGCGAACGAUUAUCGAGCUACAUCUAGAAGUGCUCAACGAAUGUGAAGCGGCCGCAUGGGAAACGGUGAAAGACGACUAUUGGAAGAUUGUCGUGCAGGAGUGUGCGCGAGACUUGCAGCAGGACGCAAAGGGGCACAGUAGUUUCCCGGAUACUCCUAGCACAAACCAGGAUUUAUCACGGAACAAUGUUUCCUCCAUCCUCAAUCCAUCCACUGACUCCGACGAGACGGACCCUUGUGUACCUAACGAAGAUGAUCCAUGGAGUUGUAUGGAAAACAUACGGUUAGCAGCGGACCCUUGUGGACCUCAUGCCUGCGAUCCAUGCAGUUGUAUGGAAACCAUACAGUUAGAAACGGACCCUGGUUCACCUACCGAAGAGCACCCCGAUGCAUGGAGUUGUAUGGAAAACAUAGAUACCGAAGCAGAACAGAAUGCUCAUUCCGACCACGGUGACGACACGUUGUACUGCACCCAAUGGAUUAACUGGAUUGACUGCAACAAGCUCCUAUUGCAGGAGUGCACGACGCAGCCGUGGUUUUUGCAAUUAACAGCGGAUUGGAAACAAUACCUGCGCGAUCACAUGGCGGAAAACGACGACAACGGGCAGCGUGCACGCGGUGCGCCCGGUAAUAUCCCAUACACGGAAAGCAAGAAAUUGGAAGCAUGGAAAGAAUGGGUUGCACAGCAACAUCGGCAAAUUUGUAUGUAUGGCCCGGAGGAGUGGUUUCAACAUUUGUUGAAUAAUGUACACGCGGCGGCAGUAUCGCCAAAAGGCGCCGUACCUGCAGUCGACAACGACUUAGAAGUGGAAAAAGUAAUGGCAACAGAACAUAUGCUACGCAUGCAAAAUGCACCACGCACGCAACUGCAUCAGCACCUGUACAUGAAAAAACCGUUAACGGCUAAAAUAUGGAUACUGAUCCUGGCAUUAGUCAUAGAACAGUGCGAAGUCGAACGCAGUUUGCAGGAGAAGGAGUUAUGUGUGGAUGACCUAUUGGAGCAACUGUGA